AUGACAGAAAUUAAUGAUUCUACAGAAAACAUAGCUCGAAUAGAUCGAAAUGAUGCAAAGGAAUUAAAACAUUGGCUAGUGAAGGCAAACUGCCAACAUCACUAUUCCAAAUUUAUUGAAAAUGGGAUUACCAUGGAUUUGCUACCAGAAUUAGAUACAGGUUCAUUAAAGGAAUUGGGUAUUACGAAAUUAGGAGACCGGUUAAGAUUAGAAAUUGCAAUAUCUAACUUAAAGGCAGAUAAUUUAAAGGAACUAAUAAGUGUUGAUGAGAUAUAUCAAUUAUUAAACUUAAACACUCGAACAAAUGGUUCUUUGACAAAUUUGAAUAACAAUAAUAAUAGCUUGUUAGAUGUAUCCAACAGUAACGAGGGGACAUUAACUCAACUAAGUCAAAACAAUUCCAGUAAUAAUUUGCCCAUUAGUAGUAUGAACUCCAGCACUAACAACAUAAACGGUAAUACCAACAAUAGUAACACUGGAAACGUUGUCGGUAGUGGCACUUCCAGUAAAGAUGCCAGUAAGAAUAUUACGUUUAUUUUGCAAGACGGAUCAACCAAACGUGUGAAUGUCACUGGUUGUUUUAAUGCACAAGCAAUUAAAAGAAGAGUUUUGAAGAAAUUAGGGUUCAAACCCGAUGAAGUCCAAUUUGACACUUAUGUCCAUUCAGUCCCGCACGGUGUAGAGAAUGUGUUGUAUGGCAAAACUGAACCUACCAUUACUUUACUAUAUGACGUUGAAUUAGUUACAAUCUGUUAUUCACCAGAACGGUUAGAGAAAUAUCGUAUAAUGUUGGUGCCGAAAAACGAACCCCCUACACCAGCAGCCAUUGAAACAUCGAAAAAAAUCAUGUCCAAAUAUAAAAAGCAAGUUUCUGGAUCUAAAGCCGAAUUGCAAGAGGAAGUCAAUCAACUUCAUACCAAAGAUGUUCAAGCACAUAGAUCAACCUUGAGGAAUUUCUUUGGACAAAGACCUCCUAGUGAAUUGAUUUCAUCGAAUUUAGCAGAAUAUUUCCCUGACACAAGACAAAAAGAUUUGGAACAAACAGUUAGAAACUCAGUUAGACAUAGUGUUAGAUUAUCUCGAAGAUUUAAUUUGCCAGCAGGGGCAUUUUCUUCUAGUGUGUAUUCUCUUAAUAAGAGACAGUCUAUUUUGAGUAACUCAACUGGAUUUCCUUCUAAUCGUACUAUGUCGAUUUCUUCUGGUGAACAACAAAGUGGAAUUUUCAAUACCAGUGGAGGUGGUAGUGGUGGAUUAAGAAGAGCACAAAGGACUAUUGGGGAUGUGAUGGUGAAUAGCAUUACUGCUAUUGACGAAGUUGUGAAUUCAAACGAUACAUUCUCUGUAUUUAAUAAACCUUCAACGUCAUUUUCACAUCAAUCAACACAACCAUUAAAUAAUCAUGAUUCCAGGUCAAUAAUAUCGUCAAAAUCAUUAAGUGGAGGCACUGCAUUGCAUAGAAUUUCUAUAUCUCCGAAUUAUAAUGAUAAUCCUGCACAUGACCGUCAUUCCACAAUUGAAUUAUUGAACCCUUCUGAUUCAGAAGGCGAAGAUGGUGAAGAAUAUGGAGAAUUUGGUACUUCCGAUUUUGCUGGUUUGAGUUCUAGUUCUGGAGAGAAUGGUCCACCUGAAAAUUGGUUAAAAGGAGCUAGAAUUGGUUCUGGUAGUUUUGGUACGGUGUACUUAGGAAUGAAUCCGUUUACAGGUGAGUUGAUGGCGGUAAAGCAAAUACCGUUAGUCAAUGAGAAUGGAAAUAAUAAUACGGAAAAUAUGCAAAAAUCAAUGCAAGAGCAACAACGAGAAAUGAUGUUACUAAAGGAAUUGAAUCAUGAGAAUAUAGUUCGAUAUUUUGGAUCUACAACAGAUGAGAAUUUUUUAAAUAUAUUUUUGGAAUAUGUCCCUGGAGGUUCAGUUCAAUCUAUGUUAAACUCGUACGGGCCAUUUGAAGAGCCGUUGAUAAGAAAUUUCAUCCGACAAGUAUUGAUUGGAUUGAGUUAUUUGCAUGGUGAAGAUAUUAUUCAUCGAGAUAUUAAAGGAGCUAACAUAUUGAUUGAUAUCAAAGGUACAGUCAAAAUUGGUGAUUUUGGUAUUAGUAAAAAAGUUAGUGCUAUCGAUGAAGAAGAUGAAGAUUUCAAAAAGACAGGAAAAAGAGCAUCUUUACAAGGAUCAGUAUUCUGGAUGGCACCCGAAGUGGUCAAGCAGACUACAUAUACCAAGAAAGCUGAUAUUUGGUCAGUGGGAUGUUUGAUUGUGGAAAUGUUUACUGGUAGACAUCCAUUUCCAGAGUUGAGUCAAAUGCAAGCUUUAUUUAAGAUUGGUAAUCAUAUUACCCCGCAAAUCCCUGAAUGGUGUACUAAUGAAGCAAAAGAAUUUUUAAAGAAAACAUUUGAGAUUAAUUUUGAAAUGAGACCAGAUGCAAUUGAGUUGUUAGCUGAACAAUUUUUAAAUCCAUUGAUUAUGUCGAAACAAUAA